AUGAAUCUCAACUUUGAGGGCCAGGUUGCAGUGGUAACCGGCGCUGGUUCAGGCUUGGGAAAAGCCUACGCCCUAUUUCUUUCUUCUCGAGGCGCUAGGGUCGUGGUCAAUGAUGUCGGAACAUCGCUGACAGGGGAGGGUAACAGCCUUGAGGUCGCAGAUGAAGUUGUCAAAGAGAUCAUCGCUCUUGGAGGACAAGCGGUAGCAAGCUACGACAGCGUCGAGCAAGGAAAAAACAUCAUCGAUACGGCAGUAAAGACAUUUGGCCGGAUUGACAUCCUCAUCAACAACGCGGGAGUUUUGCGCGAUGUCACCUUCAAGAAUAUGACGGAUGCGCAGUGGGAUGCCGUUAUCGCAGUGCAUGUCAGAGGAGCAUACAAAACGACUCAGGCAGCAUGGUCGCACUUUCGCAAGCAGAAGUACGGUCGGGUCAUCCUUACCUCGUCCGCAGCGGGCCUGUAUGGCAAUUUUGGACAAUGCAACUACUCUGCCGCGAAAGCAGGCAUGAUAGGAUUCGGCGAGACGCUCGCAAAAGAGGGAGCCAAGUACAAUAUUUUAACCAACAUCAUCUCGCCCAUUGCUACCAGCCGAAUGACAGCCACCGUCAUGCCGACAGAGCUCCUGGAGCACCUGACACCCGAGUGGGUGGUCCCGCUCGUUUCCUUUCUCGUACACCCCAGAAACCAAUAUGAGAACGGCUCGAUUUUUGAAGCUGGCGGGGGCCAUGUUUCCAAGAUACGGUGGGAGAGAUCCCAGGGUGCUUUGCUCAAGUGCGAUGAGACAAUGACCCCUGGAGCGGUUUUGGCUAAUUGGGCUACUAUCAACAAUUUCGACAACGUCGAAUACCCGACCACCACGAUAGACCUUGUCGCAAAGCUAAAACAGGCACAACAGCUUCCGCCAAAUGAGCCUGGGGUGGAUGUCGCUUUCAAAGGAAGGGUAGCCGUGGUGACGGGUGGAGGGGCAGGUUUGGGCCGAGCAUACUGUAUACAGCUUGCAAAGCUAGGCGCAUCAGUCGUCGUGAACGAUCUGAUGGACCCUGGCACGGUCGUCGAUGAGAUUCGGGCUUUCGGAGGAACGGCUGUUCCCAACAACUUCGGAAGGAUUGAUGUUCUCAUCAACAACGCAGGAAUAUUAAGAGACAAGUCAUUUCAGAACAUGACAGACAAGAUAUGGGAUGAAGUGGUUAACAUUCAUCUGAGGGCCACAUACAAAUGCUCAAAGGCAGCAUAUCUAUAUAUGGUCAAGCAGGGAUACGGCCGUAUUGUGAACACGACAAGCACGAGUGGAAUAUACGGUAACUAUGGUCAAACCAACUACGCUGCUGCUAAAACUGCAAUCAUAGGAUUCUCGCGGGCCUUGGCCCUGGAGGGGCGCAAGUAUAACAUUCAGGUCAACUGUAUCUCGCCUUCGGCGGGGACGCAGCUGACAAAGUCCGUUCUGAGCGAGGAGGUCGUCAAGAGCAGAAAGCCAGAUUUUGUCGCGCCCAUAGUGAUUCUCUUAUGCUCUGACAAGGCCCCAGCAGCAGCCUCUGGGCAGGUCUUCGAAGCUGGAUGCGGGUGGCAAGCGAGGACAAGAUUUCAACGAUCCGAUGGAGUUGACUUCCCUGUCAAUGAGCAUCUCACACCCGAGGAAAUCUCAAACCGCUGGCAAGACAUCACAAGCUUCACCAUUGGAAAGACAAGUAACCCUGAGGCCGCUUCCGACUUGCGGAAACGCAUCCUCGAGAAUAUAAACCGCGCCGCUCGUACUCAGGGGUCUACCUCAAAUCACACGCAGUAUUUGGACUUGAUUGAACAAGCCAAAAAUGGUCAAGCCCACGAGUCAAGAAUGACUUUCUCGGAUAAAGAUGCCAUCCUUUACAACAUCUCUCUUGGCGCUACGUCGUCCCAACUGCCUCUCGUGUACGAGAAAAAUCGCGAUUUCCAGAUUCUCCCAUCCUUUGGCGUUAUUCCAGGCACAAUGGCUUCUAGAUCUUUCAAUCUGGAGACCCUGGUUCCAAAUUACUCUCACAAGAUGCUUCUGCAUGGAGAGCAUUUUCUAGAGAUUCGCAAAUACCCCAUUGCAACAUCUGGAACCCUUGUUUCCUUUUCCAAGCUCCAGGAUAUUCUGGAUAAGGGGAAAAACAGCGUUGUCAUCGUCAGCACGCUGACAAUUGAUGCUAUGACCAGGGAAGAAUUGUUCUACAAUGAAUUCUCACUUGUCAUCCGCGGGUCUGGUGGCUUCGGUGGUCCCGCUGUCCGGUCUUCCCGCAACGACGCAUCGGCUACAUACUAUGCGCCCGAUCGUAAGCCAGAUGCUACAUUAGAAGAGAAGACAUCCGUCGAUCAAGCUACCCUGUAUCGCUUGAAUGGAGAUCGAAACCCUCUGCAUGUCGAUCCCGCCGUCAGCCAGGCUGGCGGCUUCGAAGCCCCAAUCUUGCACGGGCUUUGCACGUUUGGAAUAAGUACCAAGCACAUCGUCUCCCGUUUUGGGCAAAUCAAAAACAUCAAAGUUCGGUUUGUCAGCACGGUCAUUCCGGGCCAGACUCUUUCAACGGAGAUGUGGAAGGAUGGUAGCGUGGUGAUAUUUCAAACAAGGAUCAAAGAGACCGGCAAGCUGUGCAUCUCAGGUGGAGGUGCCAGGAUUGACAGCGCCCCAGGAGCUCGUCUUUAA